AGGUCCCCUCACAAAAAUCUUUGAGCUGGCUGAGUCAGCCAAGGCGGAUGGCACUCAGAUUGACCCGGAAGAGCUCAGAGGCUGGGUGCAGCGUGCCAUAUGUGUGACCGGGAAUGUUAAUACUUCCCUGGCGAUUGAGAGGAGGAAAGCAAUCCUCAUGAAAAUUGAGCCUAAACUCACCAAUAUGGCCUUAUCCGAGUCUGGCAGAGAUGCUCAAGGGCUCCUGUUUGGCGAUCCUUUUAUUAAGGAGCUUGGCAAGUUUGUUGGUGCCUUCACAGCACUGGAUAAAGCGCAGUCCAACAUGCGCAAGGUCUUUCAGAAUCGGGUCUCUACCAGGGCCGGCAGCUCAAGGGGCCGCCUGUCCGGACGUUCACAUUUCCAGGCCCGUACCACCGGUCGAGGCUCCUUUCAUCAGCGCCAGUCGUUCCAAGACCAGCGUCAACAAACGCCUUUCUUCCCGUCCAGAGGCACCUUCGGAAGGUCCAGAGGGUUCAGGGGAGCUCCGGGUUCCCGACGUCCAUUUGGUAAGUCCCCUUGUGUGUCCUCUGUCUUCUUCCCUAUGCAUAGGGGGCAGGCUCCGACAUUUUUUGCAUGCCUGGGAUCGCAUCACCUCCGAUCCGUGGGUCCUUGCCACGGUCAGGGGUUUUCGGAUCGAACUUAUAGACACCCCGACUUGUCUGCCCCCCUGCAGACCGCGAGAGUUCUCCCCAGAGUCUCGCAGACUCAUAGACACGGAACUCUGGUCCCUUGUGGAAAAGGGCGCCAUAGAAAGAGCCCCAGACCCUCGCGGGGGAGUGGUCACCGAUAUUUUCCUUGUGGAAAAGAAGGGAGGGCAGUUCCGCCCGGUGAUCAAUCUGAAGAGUCUGAACGUGUAUGUCCGGUACCGCCAUUUCAAAAUGGAGGGCAUUCAUCUUCUCAGGGAUCUUCUCCUCCCGGACGAGUGGAUGGUCAAACUCGACUUGAAGGACGCCUAUCUCACGGUUCCUAUCGCUCAACAGUCCAGGGAUCUGUUGCGUUUCCGGUGGGGGGAUCAGAUUUGGCGGUUCACUUGCCUCCCGUUUGGCCUCUCUUCGGCCCCUUGGUGUUUCACCAAACUCAUGAAGCCGGUGGUUUCCUGGCUUCGGGGGCAGGGUGUCCGUCUGAUAAUUUAUCUGGACGACAUGCUGCUGAUUGCUCGGGAUCCCUCUACGCUCCUUACCCAUCUGCAUCUGUCCGUUUCUCUGCUCACCGGUCUGGGAUUCGUUAUCAAUCACGAGAAGUCUUGUCUCCAACCUUCCAGGUCCAUGGAAUUCCUGGGAUUCAGAGUGGACUCCUCCACCCGCACUCUCUGUCUACCGAUGUCCAAGGUUCGAGCCAUCCGGAGGGAAUUACGACACUCCCUUCGGUUGCCUCACGUGUCCCUCCGUCACUUAGCCCGUGUCUUGGGUCUCCUUUCUUCCUCGAUUCAGGCGGUCUUCCCGGCUCCCCUCCAUUACCGGGCGCUUCAACGGCUCAAGAUUGCCCACCUUCGGGCGGGCGCCACCUACGGGGAAUUGGUGGUCCUGGAUCAGGACACCAGGGACGAGUUGACGUGGUGGAUUCACAAUCUCGACGCAUGGAACGGCAAGGCUAUCGUGGGUCCUCAACCGGACGUGGUGAUAGAAUCGGAUGCCAGUCUGCAGGGAUGGGGGGCCCGCUGCGAGGGCGUUUCCACCAGAGGUCCUUGGUCCACGUCGGAGUCGUCUCUGCACAUCAACGCGUUGGAGCUGCUGGCGGGGUCCUUCGCGAUUCGGAGCUUCGUCGACGGCAAGGUCAGCGCUUGCAUACGUCUCAGGAUGGACAAUGUGUCGGCGGUCCGGUAUGUGAACUCCAUGGGCGGCACUCGGUCGGCGAUGUUGACUCAUCUGGCGAAGGAGUUCUGGUCCUAUUGUCUGGACAGGGGGAUAACAGUUGUGGCGGAGUACAUUCCUGGUCUCCUCAACGUUCAUGCGGAUUGGAGUUCACGCUACAUCUCAGACUUCAGCGACUGGAGGUUGGAUUCAGCGGUGUUCUCCUCCAUCGAUUCCAUCUGGGGCCCGUUCUCCGUGGACCUUUUUACUUCUCGUUGGAACGCCCAGCUGCCCAGGUACUACAGUUGGAGGCCGGAUCCUCACUCGGAGGCAGUGGAUGCAUUGCUCCAGGAUUGGUCGGGCGCUCUCUUAUACGCUUUUCCACCCUUCGCCUUGAUUCCCAGGGUACUGUCUCAGGUACGUCGCCAGCAAGCGGAGUUGGUUCUGGUAGUUCCGUUCUGGCGGCCACAGACUUGGUUCCCACAGCUGAUGGAGCUUUUGAUUGCGGACCCGAUCCUUCUCCCGGCCCAUCUGGAUCUCCUUCUAGGCCCGCGGGGUCAACGCCAUCCCCUGCUAUUGGACAACGCUCUCCGUCUUCUGGCUUGCAGGAUUUCAGGGGUCGCUGGGACAUCGAGGGAAUAUCGGAAACAACUAGAUUCCUUCUGGAAAAUGCGUGGGUCCCCGGUACGAUUCGGGCGUACAGAGCAGCCUGGGGAGUUUGGUCUCGUUGGUGCUUGGGACGGGACCUGGAUCCCGUUUCGGCUCCCGUAGAGGAGGUAUUGCGGUUUU